AUGAACGGACUUGUCAUCCUCUCUGCACUGGCAGCCAGUGCUAGUGCUAGGACUUUCACAGUGACCAAUGCGUGUCCUUACACAAUAUGGCCAGCUGGACUGCAGAUGUUUACCGAUAUGCGAAUCUCCAAAUCUGCGCCAAGUCAACCAACGGGGUGGCAAGCGGAUCCGAAUACCACUGUGUCCUUUACCGUUCCGGACGACUGGAAGGCGGGCCGGAUUUGGGGAAGAAGCAAUUGCAGCUUUUCCGUCAACCCUGGACCUACUUCAUGUGCGACAGGUGGAUGUAACGGAGGGCUGCUCUGUGAUGCAACGACAGGCACCGGUGUCCCUCCAGUAUCAGUUGCUGAAUGGACGUUACAAGGCGACCAGAACCAAGACUUUUAUGACGUAUCAUUGGUCGAUGGGAGUAACAUCCCAAUGCGCAUUGAUAAUACUGUCGGAUGCCCAGUGGCAGAUUGUCUCAUAGACUUGAAUCCCAACUGUCCAGAUCCACUGAAGGGACCACUUGAUUCGAAGGGAGUUCCAUUAGGCUGUAAAAGUGCUUGUUUCGCUAAUCUCGACGGAAACCAAGCGAACUCACCGAACUGCUGUUCCGGUCAAUUUGAUAAACCACAAACCUGUCCUAACUCCGGAGUUGCUUUCUAUUCGUACUUUAAGGGUAAUUGUCCGAAUGCAUAUGCGUACGCUUUCGAUGAGAGUAGUAAGACGGCGCUCUGGACGUGUGAUUCAGGGAAGAAGGCAGAUUAUACCUUGACCUUUUGCCCAUCGAAUACAACGACCGCGAUGCGUUCUACCAACUCUUCUAUUUCGCACGCAACGGCGUCUUCAUCCCCGUCGAAGAGUGUUGGCAAUCCGACGAUUGUCAAUACGAUGAUACAACACGGUACAAGCUCCGUGAUGGUACUAGUUGCGCUCUUUACUGGAGUAGUGUUGCUUCUUGCACCAUGGACUUCCUGA